AUGACCCCUUCACUUUCCCUCCAUAUUAUUCCUCUUCUCAUUUUUCACAUCCUCCUCGUAGCACCGCCUUCGCCGGCGGAAGCAGGCAAGGGACAGUGGCACCUCCUCCAAGAGAACAUCGGCAUUGUCGGCAUGCACAUGCAGCUCCUGCACAACGACCGUGUCAUCAUGCUAGACCGCACCGACUUCGGAUUAUCCAACCUAACCUUCCCCAACGGUAGAUGCCGCAACAACCCACAAGAGAUGGUCGUCAAAACCGACUGCACCGCACACUCCGUCGAAUACGACGUCGCAGCCAACACAGUCCGCGCGCUCUUCGUCCAAACCAACGUCUGGUGCUCCUCCGGUUCGGUUUCUCCCGACGGAACAUUAGUCCAAACCGGUGGCUUCAACGACGGAGACCGUACGGUAAGAACCCUCACCCCGUGCCGCAUGUGCGACUGGCGCGAAGUUAACAAUGAACUCGCGGCAAGAAGAUGGUACGCCACCAAUCAGAUCUUGCCAGAUGGACGACAAAUAAUAAUUGGUGGAAGAAGACAGUUCAACUACGAGUUUUACCCCAAGACACAAACCACGGUUAAGAACACUUACAGUUUACCUUUUCUCGUUCAAACAAACGACGCCUUAGCGGAAAAUAAUCUCUACCCCUUUGUUUUCUUAAACGUCGAUGGCAACCUUUUCAUCUUCGCUAACAACCGCGCUAUCUUAUUCGAUUACAAUAAGAACCGCGUCGUCAAAACCUACCCUCAAAUACCCGGUGGAGACCCACGCUGCUAUCCUAGCACCGGUUCCGCGGUUUUGCUUCCGUUGAAGAAACUUCGAGAAUCGAACGUGGAAGCUGAGGUUUUAAUUUGCGGUGGAGCCCCGAGAGGAGCUUUUCUGGAUUCCCUCUCCGGUCGGUUUACCGGAGCCUUAAAAACGUGCGCUAGGAUGAAAAUAACCGACCCGAGUCCGAGGUGGGUGAUGGAAACCAUGCCGGGUGCGAGAGUCAUGAGUGACAUGAUUUUGCUCCCAAACGGUGACAUUUUGAUUAUUAAUGGAGCUUCUGUAGGGACUGCGGGCUGGGAACUGGGGCGGGACCCUGUGUUGAAUCCGUUUCUUUAUAAACCAAAUAACCGGGUCGGGUCGAGAUUUGAGCUCCAAAACCCGUCUAAUAUUCCGCGAAUGUAUCACGCGAGUGCCGUUUUGCUUCGUGAUGGUCGCGUCCUUGUGGCUGGGAGCAACCCUCACACGUAUUACAAUUUCACCAACGUGAUGUUCCCAACGGAAUUACGGUUGGAAGCGUUUUCACCUUCGUAUCUUGAGCCCGGGUUCUCUAACGUGCGUCCCACAAUAGUGUCCCCUGCGUCCCAAACAAAAGUGAAGUACGGUGAGACGUUGAAGGUUGGGUUUGAGGUGACCGGGAGUUUGGUUAAGGAUUCGGUGUCGGUUACGAUGCUGGCGCCGCCUUUUGCCACGCACUCGUUCUCCAUGAACCAGAGGUUGUUGGUUUUGGAGCCGCAGGGUUUGAGGCAGGUUGGGAAAUCGACGUCGUACGAGGUUGAAGUUAAGGCGCCGGGUUCCAGUGUUCUUGCACCACCGGGUUUCUAUCUGUUGUUUAUGGUUCAUCAAGAAAUCCCAAGCCAGGGUAUUUGGAUUCUUAGGUGGGCAUUUAUUAACUGUAAGAUAUGA